GUGUUGACUUCAAAAUCAAAACCGUAGAGCUAAGAGGGAAGAAAAUCAGGUUACAGAUCUGGGACACGGCGGGCCAGGAGCGAUUCAACAGCAUUACCUCAGCCUACUACAGGAGUGCCAAGGGGAUCAUCCUCGUGUACGACAUCACCAAGAAGGAGACCUUCGACGAUCUGCCCAAGUGGAUGAAGAUGAUCGAUAAGUACGCGUCUGAAGACGCCGAGCUCCUCCUGGUGGGAAACAAGCUGGACUGUGAGAUGGACCGGGAGAUCAGCCGGCAGCAGGGGGAGAAGUUCGCACAGCAGAUAACCGGGAUGCGGUUCUGUGAGGCCAGUGCCAAGGAUAACUUCAACGUGGACGAGAUAUUCCUGAAGCUGGUCGACGACAUCCUGAAGAAGAUGCCGCUGGACGUCCUGCGGAACGAGCUCUCCAACAGCAUCCUCUCGCUGCAGCCGGAGCCCGAGAUCCCGCCCGAGCUGCCCCCGCCGCGGCCGCACGUGCGCUGCUGCUGAUCUGCCACCUGCGCCCCAGCGACAGAGCGGCCGGCCUGAGGGGCAGCGCUCCCUUCUGCACUACAAUCAUUUUGACAGUUUCCUUUUGCACUUUGUAAUCCAAGUCAGAGCUAUACACUAACUUGUAAAUACGCAAAUAUGCAAUCCUGGGUGAGUCUGGGUCAUACGUUACCUGUUUCCCUCCAAAUUCGACUUCAUCGGUUUCCCCGGCCGCUCCUGUCCACACCCAGGAGCACAGUACUUCUGAUACGAAGAGUAGGCGAGAGGAAAGGUGUAAUGUUCCUAAAUAUCAUAUUGUCCUUGUUAGUGAUACUAUGAGGACAGAAGAUAUUCUGCUAAGAAGAGAGACCGUGGUGCUUUGCUUACUGUUUUAAAGAAAAUUUGUAAAACUAAAGACUUUGAGAACAAAGCUAUGUUAAGUGCUUUCUCUUUAUUUACAAGACAUCCCGCUGUAGGGUCUCUGAGCCGGAGCCCGCUCGCUGCGAGCCCUGCCGCAGGUUACUCGUUGCCGGGAGGUGAGGAAGGGCUCUUCCCGGGCAGGGGCUGCGAAGCUGCGCUUCCUGAUGCACGGACGAGUCUCAGGCUGCUCAGAACCAUAGACACUCAGCACAGAAAGAAGUAUUUUGGAAACCAUAGAGGAACAUUUUGAAGCAACCCUGCUGUCCUGGACAAACCCUGUUCAAAGGGAUUUUGAAGCAGUGCGCUUCACCGUGUCCAAGAGCACACGGGGAUUUUGCCUGAGCGCUCCGUGUCCUGGUAGGGAUGCGACGCUCCCUUCGGCGGCAGAGCCCAGCGCCACACGCCUAGACUGUGCUUUUUUUUUUUUUUUUUGUGGACUCUCUUUGGUAUAUCUUUUAUUAAACUGCACUGUGUCGUUUAGUCAAGGUAAAUAGUCCGUGUUUGAAUAACUUGCUGUGUCCUGAGUGUUGUGGUAUGAGAAGCAUCGUGGUCUUUCUACACUAAUGAAGUGCAAAUAAAAUUUUGUAUUUAUGAAUGACA